CUUUUGUAAAAAAUUCCCAUUGAAUUAAGAUCAUGGAGGCCUAUGAAUUGACAGAAAGGGUGCAACAUUCUUAACGGGUAAGACAGACUCAACCCGUUUAUACUUUCGCCAUGACUAUUUGUAGGCCUACUGUGUAUUCUAUAUAAUAAUUGUAUGCUAUAAUAUAGACCCUCCACUAUGGUUUCUGAGCUGAACAUUGGAUAUGCAUGGAUUAUCACCAUAGCAGCUUUAGUAGCAACUGUGAUAGUAGUAAUGGCACCACCAAAUGGAAUAUAUUUUCCUUAUAUGAUUGACUACUACGAAGAAAGCGCCGCAAAGGUCGGGAUGGCACUUACACUGAUUACUUCCCUCAGAUAUUCUUGCGGUGUGUUUUCUGCAAUUAUGGCCAAAGCAUUCGGCUGCCGGAUUGUUAUGAUUUUUGGAAGUAUUACGAUGAUAUGUGGCUAUAUUUUGAUAGCAUAUUCAACGAGUAUUAUUGAGGUUUACUUAGCUUGCUGUCUUAUUGGCUUUGGAAUAUGCUUGAGUUAUUACACAAGUUUCUUCGUCAUAGAUGUUAAUUUUAAAAAGCAUUUCAAUUUAAUGAUGUCAAUAAAAGUAGGAUUGGCUGGAGUAGGGCAUGUGAUGUCACCGUAUGUGUAUCAGAGGUUUGUUAUCAGUUAUGGAUGGAAACAUGCGUUUCUUCUUCAUUCGGCGGUUGUAUAUCAUCUAGUAUUAUGUGGAGUGAUAUUCAGACCAUCAACAAACAAAAAAUCUAAUGAAGAAGCCGAAGAAAUUUCUCUUUUGGAAGUGAAGCAAGAAAAUAAUUCUCCCAAACUUGAUCUACAAACUGGAAUUACUCCAACAGAUGAAAAAAUGCGUUUUAAUUGGUUGCAGUAUAUUUACAAAAUAUGUCAUUUGCGUUUGUUUAAGAAACAUUCUUUCGUCAUUCUUGUUGUCGUUUCAUUAAUACAAGGAGCAACUGAGGACGGAGUUGAAGUUCUUAUGCCGGAUGACAUGCUAGAGCGAGGCGCUAGUCUACACCACAGUCAGUUAAUUUUGGCAGUUUACGGAGCAAGUAGUACCUGCGGAAGACCUUUCCAGUAUAUUCUUAGCAAAUUCGUUUUAAAUGAUUUGCUCAUCCAACUAGGACUUUCCUAUUUUCUUUCGUUUCUGUCUUUACUAAUUUGCAUUACAACGAAAACUGAUAACGCUGUUUAUGUAGUGAUGGUUUUCUAUGGUUUUUCUAUGGGUUGGUACAGUGGAAUAAUACCGCUUAUCGUCAAGUCUACAGUAGAUGAUGAUUUUUUUUUUGGAUAUGCUUGGGUUGGAUGUGCGUAUGGCGUUGGCGCAUGCAUAGCAGUUCCGUUUCUUGGCUAUCUUCGCGACAUAAGUGGACAUUUUUGGUUAUCCGAGUUUUCAAUGUUAUGUUUUACAUUGAUUAAUAUAAUGAUAAUUUUUGGUUUUAUUGUGUGGAAAAGAACGAGGAAACAAGGCCAGACAUGCUGAAAUUAUUUCUAAUUAAUGUAUUUGUUUUAUUGGUUAGGGAUUAAUUAUAUUCGGCUGGUUUAGAACAUUGGAAACCAAUCCAUAAGUAAAAUCUACGUCCAGAGGUGCAAAAUGACAUUACCAGUACAAGUGACCACAGUCACCAUUUUCUUGUUGAAAUACUAUUAUUAAAAGUGGCCCUUUGACCCCAUAUGAAAUAAACAAUAUAGACUUAUGCUAUGUUCUCACACGGCUGCUAACGGUUAGCAGGAUCCGGAUCCUGCUAACCGUUAGCUGCAGUGC